AUGUGCGUUUGCUUUGUGAAAGAUGUUUCGUUAAGUAGAUUUACGUUAUCGGCUAUAUUGGGAUUGUUGAAAACAAAUGAAGAAGAUGGACGGAAAAGUGAAGAGGGUGGUUCUCAAGAAGAUAAUAAAGACAUUAAUUCUGCGAAUGAUCAAUCCCGAUCUCAGUCAUCGGAGUCAUCUCGAUCUACGUUGACACCACCAACAGGAACAUCCACUCAAGUUGAAGAAACGACCACAACAAUAAAUCUUCCUUAUUGUUCUUACCUUCUUAAUGUCGCUCAAACUGUAGUAACUGACAGUAAUACCCACUCCAGGGUGACCCGCACUUACACCUUUGUUCUUUCUGAUGGAAACAUUAAAACAUUCUCUGUCACCACUCCUCCCCUACCAACUUUAGAAACUACACAGGUAACACAGAAGUUCGAAGAAUGGAAACAAAAACUCUCCAUAAGUGAUUCUACGUCUUCUGAUAAGCCUGUAGUCGUGAGCGAGAAAGAAGAGAAAACAUCCUUUUUUACCUCCUCACUUCCAAAGAUUCCUGUUGAUAUCGGAUUCGAAAAUUUGAAUGAAAAGUUGGAUGAACUUUGGAAAAAGGUUAAGAAGCUACCGGUGCCAUCGAUAGACGGAGUGCAGGAGGCUGUGACGAGAGUAUAUAAGGAAAUUAAAUUUGAGGAAGGCAGUAUAGCGGAUGAAAUUAGAAAAAAAGCAAAAAAUCGCAACUUGCACCCCGAAUUAGAGUGGGACGCGAGAGUGAGACUAGGCGAUAGUUUAUCUUCAAAUGAAAUCGAAUUUAUCAAAAGACGUAAAGCUCACAUCAAAAAGACGUUUGCUCAGUUUAUUCGCGUUGAUGAGAACGAAAUACACGAGGAUGAUCUGCCAAUAGUAGGCAUUGCCAGUAGUGGUGGAGGGUAUCGUGCUAUGGUUUCUACAGCAGGUUAUAUGACGACAGCUAAAGAGUCGGGCGUGUUGGACUGUACCAUGUUCUUUGCAGGGAAGUCAUCGAGUAUCAUUCACGAUAAAUCUCCCCCAAGAUGCGCUAGAGAGAUUAUCCUUGCUGGUUUGAUCAUAAAGUACAUUGAUGGUUCUCCAAUGAAUUUAGUAGACGUGUUUGGGACUUUUCUAUCGUCUAGAUUAUUGAUCCCGGAAGAUGUGGAGGGUGUCAAUGAGAGAUGGUAUAAAUUAAGCGGGCAGAAAGAGAUGAUAGAUGAUGGUAGCGCUCCAUUACCAAUUUAUACGGUGGUUAGGCAUGAGAUUAAAGAAGAAACUGAAGAAGGGAAUAAGGAUCGACCAGAGGGAGGAGGCGAAAAAGAAAAGGCCAAGAUGAGUUAUGAGGAAGAGAAGGAAGAGACUAAUACUGAGGUGAACAAGAAGGGAGAUUCUGAUGACGAAAAUAAAGAGGAUGAAUUCCAAUGGUUUGAAUUUACGCCUUACGAAAUUGGAUGUGAAGAUAUUGGAGCGUGGAUACCAACUUGGGCGUUUGGUAGACGAUUUGAAGGUGGUGUGAACGUCGAACGAAAACCAGAACACAACAUGGGAUUGCUAUUAGGUGUCUUUGGAAGUGCCUUUUGUGCUACUCUUGCUCAUUAUUACAAUGAAAUUCGGGCUUGCCUGCCUGCUGGUUUUCUCACGGAAACAUUGGAUAAGAUGGUUAAAGAGUACGAGAAAAACAUAUCGACCAUUCAUCCAAUAUCACCUGCAUGUUUCCCAAACUUUGUAUACAAAAUGACUGAAUUACCGCCUGCGGUAUCGUCUCUUGCGGAGAAAGAGAAUAUAUGUCUUAUGGACUCUGGAGUCGACAACAAUAUUCCAUUCUAUCCUUUAUUACGCAAAGGCCGCGAUGUUGAUAUUAUAAUUGCUAUCGACAGCAGUAACGACUUGCAGACACAUCCUUACUUUGAGAGAGCAGCUGGUUAUGCUAAGAAACACGGAAUAACCGGAUGGCCAGUAGGUUGUGGCUGGCCCAAAUCGCCUGAACAACGGAACACUACCGAAGCUGCCGUUGAAUCCUCCUCCGACAAGAACGAUGCAACGCAGGAAUCCUUGUCUCUCUCAUACGACAUUGAUUCUGCCCUGAAAUCUGACGGUUGUCCACCCCAAAUUUCCUGCUCACUUUCGCAAAGCGGCCUUGGCCAUUGCACAGUAUUCGUCGGUGAAGAAUCUUCUUCUCCACCUCCUUCUAAUCGUCCCAUAACUGUAAUUUAUUUCCCUCUCACUCCUAAUCCCAAAGUCGGCGAUGGAUUUGACCCAUCAGUUGAGGAAUUCUGCUCGACAUGGAAUUUUGCAUAUGAUGCGAAACAGGUUGAGCUAUUGGUCGAGUUAGGAAAGCAAAAUUUCAGGGAGGGUGAAGAAGAGAUUAGGAAAGUUUUUAGGCAGGUAUGGGAAAGGAAGAGAGAAGCAAGAUUGAAAAGGAGUUAA